ACAGGGAUUACAGUUUGUAUUCACUCUGCUAUGAACGCUUAUCUAGGUGCAUCUUUAUCGAAGGAGAAGCACCUCUUUCAUUUAUUACGAGGAUUUUUUUUCCACUCCCCAUCAGCUCCCGCUGUUUUGUCCGGCUGUAAAAUAUACCGAUGUGUGCCGCUGGUUUGUCUCAGGCUGCCACUCAAAGUAACUUGAAAGUCUUCUGUGAAUCCCUGAACUGCGAAGAGACGGCGUUAUGUCAGCAUCCGUGGAAAUACUGACUCAGUAACAGAGAGCUUGUGACUUUUCCAGCAUUGCCAGUGAUAAGAAGGCUGCAGUGAAGACGAGGGUUCCCAGUCCUGUGUGGGAUGUUAACAUACUGGCGGCACGUUAAGGCUGAAGGAGCAUGGUGAAACACCAACCCUUACAGGUCUAUGAGAAGCAGGUCUUUGUGUCCUUUGUCACUGGGAUCUAUGGUUGCCGCUGGAAACGCUACCAGCGUUCCCAAGACCAAAGCUCCAGGUGGGAGUGCAUGUGGUUCAUCAUCUUGUGCAGUUCCUUUCUUCUGCUUCUGUUUUGGGCCUACUUCUGGUUGAUGGCUCAAAAUGAUUUUAACGACUUCAACUGGCUGGUCUAUAACCAUUCUGGAGAAUGGAGAGAUGAGACACUCCCCAUCCUUGCAUCCACCACUGUGGGAUUCAGCUACAUCACUUUCCUAUUGAUCUUAGCACUUUUCCAUAUAUCCUUGGGCCAGCAGCUGAAUCUCUACUGGGUUCACAAGAUUGGGGUGCUGGCUACACUGCUCACCACUAUCUCUGGAGUCAUUUUUGUUGAUGACUUAUGGGGAGAUGAGUGGGACAUUCUGCUUGUGUCACUGCAGUCCACAGCACCUUUCCUGCAUCUUGGUGCCCUGGCAACAGUGACAGCUAUCAGCUGGUUGGUAGCUGGAUAUGUUGUCCGCAGAGAGAGAUCCAAUAUCCAGGUGAUGGUGUUGUUUAUCUACAUUGUAAUCCUCCUUGCUCUCUGUUUGGCACCACUCACAUUCACCUGCCCCUGCAUCAUGGACCGUCAUAGCCUCAAACCACGACCAAACAUCAUUGGCCGGCGGGGAGCUCCUAUGCUGGCUCCAGAGAACACCGUGGUGUCCUUUAACAGAGCCCUGCAGCAUGGAGUCAGCUCCUUGGAGGCUGAUGUCACUAUUAGUGUGGACGGGAUUCCCUUCCUCAUGCGAGAUCGCACUUUGAGGCGGACCACAGAUGUCAGUAAGAUCUUUCCAGCCAGACAGUAUGAAGAUGCCUCCUUAUUUAACUGGACAGAGAUACGCGCUCUAAAUGCAGGCCACUGGUUUUUGGAGAGUGACCCCUACUGGACAGUAGCAUCCCUGACAGCGAGGGAUCGGAGCAGGAUAGGCAACCAGACGGUUUGCAGUCUGGUGGAGAUGCUUCGUCUGGCUGCCAGGGCCAACAGCUCUGCACUGCUCAACAUCCACAAGCCUCCACCAGAUCACCCGCGAUACCGAAGCUGGUUCAUGGACACGCUGUGGGCUGUGCAGAAAGCUGGGAUUUCCCUGAAGAGGGUGAGGACUGUGACGUGGACCCCCGACACAGACAGGGGGAAGGUGCGAGGGCUUCACCAGACCACAAGUGAGAAGCUGUCAGUGGAGGAGAUAAAGCUGAGGGGAAUUACAAGUCUAACCCUCCACUACAGCAAGGCUAGCCACAAAGAGAUACAGGAGUACCUGGCCAAUAAUGUGAGUGUGACUGUCUACCCAGUGAACGAGCCCUGGCUCUACUCCAUUCUGUGGUGUAGUGGGGUGCCUUCUGUGUCUUCCGAUGCCCCCCAUGUCCUCCGAAAGGUGCCUUAUCCCAUCUGGCUCAUGAGCCAGAGCGCUUAUAACUUCAUCUGGAUGACUUCAGAUCUAGUCUCCCUCGCCGUAGUCAUAGGGGUUUUCUUUUUCCAGAACUAUCAUAUGAUCAGGUGGAAGAUGAGCGGGAUGCAAAACUAUAACCCAGAACAAAUUAUGCUGAGCGCUGUGGUGCGAAGGUCUAGCCGUGACGUCAACAUCAUGAAGGAGAAGCUCAUAUUCUCAGAGCUUAACAAUGGGCUCAGCAGUACAGAGGAGCUCUCUCUGUAUCCCGAGAAUGGACACGUCAGACAUUCUCAUGGAAGCCUGAGUCGCUGAACAGCCGCAGCUUCAAAAUCAUGAACAUUAGUUUGACUUCAGAGAUUUGACGCUGAUUGAAAAAUAUUCUUUCAUCAGAAGAAACAAAGAUCACCCCAGGGUGCUGACCUGUUGAUGACGAAUGCAUAUCGUGUUUAAAGUACUGACUAUUAAAAGUUUUUAAUUAUAGCCUCUUGCUCUCAUUUCUUAAUCUUCCAACAUGAUUGUCCACUGGAUUUACUCACGACGGACUUGAGAGUAUUUUAUUUAAUAUUACGUAUUUUUCUCAGUAAUUCUGUGUACUAUUAUCAGUUUCAGCCAAGUUCUUCUGAACUAGUUAGCCAUUAAUAUUUUUGCUCUAAGAAGAUGUUUGUUGUCUUAAAUGAUUUUAAAUCUGUUUACAAACCUUAAAAAAGAGCAUCAGUUCAUCAUCGACUGGUAUGUGUCUGUGGUGUGAUCACUAAUGGGCAAAACUCUCAAAACAUUAUGGCACCAAACCCUGCAACGAGCUUCAUCCAGCCUCUUCCCUCAAGGCAAAUUACAAUUUUAAGCCAGUUAUUUUUCCUAAAAAAAGCACUUUGAUAUCAGUGCUUUCAGCGUUAUUACUUUGUAAUUCUCCUUUGACACAACAAAAGAAUCUCUGAUUAGUUUCCACUUUGAACUGAUGCAGCCGUACAGCUGGAUUGUUCUGAGGCACAUACCCCACUCUGCUUUCAUAAGACAGGAAACAGGCUGGAGAGUGAUCUGUAUGGUGUAGAUAUGACUUACUGGACAUGUUUCUACUUUAUCCCCCUCUGAGAGGACUGUCACUUGUUUGUCGUUGUGUAUUUUAUUCUUGCACUGAUGAUUGUUUUGUCUUCUUUUAAGUGUGACAGACAAAGUGAGGCGCACACAGAAACCUGUUUUCUCGCUGUUCUAAUUUGCCUCUUUCUGUCAUGCCAUGAUUGUUUUUUUUCAUAGUCGUAUCAACUAUUGCAACUUUCACAUGGCUGCCUUUUUGUUAGAAUGUUUAAAUAUUUUUAUCUUAGUUUUAUUAUAGAGAAAAAAGUUCAAGUUACAACUACACAUUUAGCUGCAGACAUGUUGACUGUUCAAUAAAAAUGAGAAUUUCUUCAUGAAAA